CUGCAUCUACACUAUUCUGUACAAUUGGCACUCAACGACGUAAAAGCCCCGUCGUAAAUAGAACAACGUGAAUCCGCGAUAACGUAUUUAGACGAAAAUGAUAAGGAAUUCAGAUUUCAUCACAAAAGACAAAAUGAUCUUUGCGACAAUAUUCACCUUGCUAGUAGCUCGGAUUAUCAACGGGGAAAACUGCCCUAUUAUCGGUGUCCAUAAAUGUGCCUGUACCGUUGAUAAACUGACAUGUGACAGUCAGCGCCUUACGGCUAUCCCAACAUUUACGUCUGUAGGGGCGACCAUGACAAGUUUAGAGUUAAGAAACAGCAGCCUUAGUAGCAUACCUGGCAAUUCUUUUGCUGCACUAAAUGUAAGUGAGGUUGAUCUUUCUAACAAUCAAAUAAGAACCAUUAAUGCCGGUGCAUUCUCUGGAGUAACUCUGUCUUUAAAAAGACUCAAUUUGGCGAACAACCGUCUUACUUCACUUCCAGCUGAUAUCGGCGUCUUAACGGCAAUAUCUGAAAUUGAUCUAAGGUGGAACCCAAUACCAGGAUUCACACCCGGGAGUCAUGGCCGUGGUGGCACUGAUGGUCUAACUGACGAAGUAAUGAAGCAAAUUGGUGAUUCUAUCACUACGUUCAAGUUCGGCUCUAGCAUUGUCAACUCAUGGCCACAAAGUCUGUCCCAUCUCAAUCGAUUGAAGGAAUUGGUGGUCGCUGGUGUAAACAUUCCAUACUGGCCCCCUAGUGCAUUUCAUGGAUUUGAAAGGACGUUGACAAAACUUACCAUUGAGAAUCUUCCCGUAGGAUCCGUGCCAUACGCUAUUGCAACUCUAACACAUCUAGAAGAGCUUCAUCUUGAUAACCUGCAGUAUCCAUUCGGAGACGCAAGUUUGGUGUCACUCCCUUUUGCAGCAAUCGGUGGAACUCUUAAGGUACUUAGUCUGAAGAAUGACAGUCUUACAACUUUCCCUGAAGGCAUUCAGCAAUUACCUUCUCUGAACAGUUUGACCCUGGACGGCAAUCAUCUUGAGUUUGUCAGCGAUGAGGCAAUCAAGCUCCUGCAGGUGGCCAACGUAACAAUGCUGAGUCUAAAGGACUGCGAUUUAAAGCGAGUUCCGGGUGCAAUUUCUGACCUCAAAAACCUACAAGAGCUGCAUUUGUCAAACAACCUCAUUCGAAGCAUAGAGAGCACAGACCUGCAGAAUCUGUUUGAACUUCGCGAACUAGACAUGAGCGGAAACCCUUUGCUUUACAUCUCGGACAACUCGCUUUGUGGACUGAACAGUCUUUUGAAUUUUAGCCUGGAGAACACAUUCCUCACCGAGAUCUCCAGGGCAUUUAAAAACCUCAGAAAACUGGAACACCUGAGUCUAGUAAAUGCAAAAAUUGACUGCACGUGUGACAUGACCUGGGUGAAAUCCUGGAUGGACAAAUGCCAAGUCAACGAGAAACAUCUGGAGAUCCUGGGUAACUGUGAGACGAUCAAUAGGGACAUUACUGACUACGCGAACCAUCGCCUUACAAGUUGCCCUGGCUUCAACGUUGAUAACCAAGUCUUCAAAUGCACGGGCACGUGCGUGAAACAUGUGUCCGGCUAAUUAUCGCCUCAAAGCCGUGCUUGCAAAAUUUGCAGGGUAACUAGUACUGAAUAAAAUGGUUAUCAAACGUAAAA